AUGCGUCGGUUACGGAGAGGACACGGAGUAUGGGCGCAUAACUACACGAGCGAGGACUGCCUGUUCGUGAACAUCGUGCGUCCAGCGGGAAAGCCGGUGUCGACAUUGCCUGUUGCGGUCUUUAUACACGGCGGCGGUUGGGGAACAGGAAGCUCUGCGAACGGAUGGUACAACAUGUCCUUUCUUGUUGAACGAUCCGUGCAGUUGGGCCAGCCAAUUGUAGGGGUAAGUCUUAAUUACCGCCUGGCGGGUUGGGGUUGGCUUUAUUCGGCGGAGGUUGUCAAAGAGGGCUCGACAAAUGUUGGGCUUCGGGAUCAGAGACUGGCUCUGCACUGGAUUCAGGAGAACAUAGCUUCAUUCGGCGGAGAUCCGUCAAGGGUAAUUAUAUUUGGCGAAAGCGCCGGCUCUGUCUCGGUUGGACGCCACAUUCUUGCGUAUAAUGGCCGCAAUGAUAACCUUUUUCAUGGAGCUAUUGGGCAGUCCGGCUCGCCCGCAGGUAUUGGCGGCUGGAAUCCGAACAUAGAGCAAUUGUCAGUUGCAACAGCGAACAUCUCUGAAUCGGUCUGCCCAGACGCCAUUGACAAGCUCGCUUGCCUGCGUGCGGCUGAUUUCGAGGCCCUCAAUAACGCCAUCAACGCGACCUUAUCCCUACCGUUUGCCGGUCCCAUAUAUGGCCCUGUUGUGGAUGGUGAUAUCGUGGCUAGAGACCCAGUCAAGCAACUCCUUGAUGGCGCGGUAGUCAAGGUUCCCUACAUCCUCGGAACCAACAGUGACGAAGCCAGCUAUUAUGCCGGGUACGGAAUAAACACCGACCAGGAUCUAAAAGAGGCACUGAUGACGAACAUGGGCAUGAACGAAACGCAAGCACUCGCUCUCAUGGCGCGGUACCCGUACUACUCAGACCCCGGGGCAACCUCCGCCUCCCCGGAGGUGUCCAACGAACAGCUCAACACUACGCUCGGCCUUCAGUUCAAGCGGGCUAAUACCAUUGCCACGGAUAUCUUCAUGGGGGCGCCCACACGCUUCGCGGCGCAACUAUGGCACGGCCAAGCCUCAGCAAGCUUUACAUCUAUAGCGCGAAUACAACCAUCAGCGCCGGGGCUAGAUGGGUGGGAAGGUGACCGCGUCCCAUUCUUUGCUGGCAAUCCCUUCAUGGGUAGACCACAGCCUUACCGUGACCUUGCGGCCGUGAUGAGUGGAAUGUGAGUGGGCUUUUUCAACACCGGGAUCCCCUACUAUAAAAACCAACCAGUUCCCCAGUGGCCCGAGUACAAGGGGGCCAAUUCCUCAAUCAUGAUUUUCGAUGCUCAGCCAACGUUUUUGAAUACUAGGCUCGGGAAAGAGCCGCGUGAGGAUAAAAGGGAUUUUGUGAUUUCGCAAAUAUUCUGAGUUGAGAACAGGGCCGAGAUAACUGCCCCAGACAGGCUCAUAAGGAGCGAUUAAGGGAACAGAAUGACGACAGGGGGAAUGCGUCGUGGGGUUCUAUGAAGUUCGAACUGGAAGAUUGAACCGGAGGAGGGUGUUUUGGACAGCGUCGAUUUUUGGGAGAGGACCGUCGAUUUGGUACUUAUGGAGGGGCUUCUAACAAGGAGAAGAUCAGGAUAGAAAUUCUCGCAGGUGGCCUUUGCCAACGUCCUUUAUAUAACGCGACCAGAUACUUUGCUUUGAGUAUUUCAGACCAAUUCCAAAUAUCCAAGGCCAGGAUACCAACGUUUGGCUAACGCUGUUGCGCUCAUCACAGUACUAGGAAUCAACUCAGUUGUUGAGCCUUUUCUUUCGCUAAAAAGUUAUAAACCUUCCAAGGCCUUUAGAACUUUGGGAGCCUUCUUUUAUGAGCGUCUUGCCCGGAAACGCCGUCUACUACAA